AUGUCAUGGUUGCUGCUUCCCUGCCUAGUCGCCGCCGGCAUAUUGCAAGCUCCUGCGCAGCCAAACCCAGCAGGUUUCAUAAGCAUAGACUGCGGUCUCCCGGGAGAGACGGGCUACGUGGAUAACAUCACUACUCUAUCCUACACCACGGACGCCAGCUUCAUUGACGCCUACGCCGGCUCAAACCACAACAUCUCAACUAAGUACAUGACCUCGACACUACCCAACAACUGGUGGUACACCCUGCGCAGCUUCCCCAGUGGGGCGCGCAAUUGCUACACUCUCGGAUUGCUCAUGCCUGGGCUAAAAUACCUGAUCCGCGCCAAGUUCUUGUACGGCAACUACGAUGGCCUCGAUAGGCUACCUAUCUCCUUUGACCUCUACGUGGGUGUUGACUUUUGGAUGAGGGUGAACAUCCAAGUAUCCGACACGUGGGUGUUGGCGGAGGCCAUCGUGAUGGUGUCGUGUGAUUCCCUACAGGUUUGCCUUGUGAACACGGGUGGUGGGGUGCCAUUCAUCUCUGCGCUAGAUCUGAGGCCGCUGAGGAACAAAAUCUACCCACAAGCCAACAUGACACAUGGCCUGGUUCUGGUCGACAGGAUCAACUUCGGACCAGACGAUGGAAGUGCUACUAUCAGGUACCCUGAUGAUCCUUUCGACCGCAUGUGGUUCCCUGCUUCUGGCGGUGCAACAGCUUACUGGGAUGAGAUAUCAACGGAGAUGAAGGUGGACAUUGGUGACGACCAAUUCCAGCCACCCCAGGCAGUGAUGCAGACGGCCAUCACGCCCAAGAACUUCUCCAGCAACAUAGAGUUCACCAUGGACCUCCAGAGUUCCCCUAGUGACCGGUCCCUGGGGUACAUUGAAAUGAUGUACUUCUCUGAACUAAAAUCUCUCCCCAAUAAUACACUACGACAAUACACCAUCUAUCGGAAUGGAGAAGAGACCACAACAGCCUACACUCCGCCGUACCUUGAUGAUGGUUACACCUACUCAACUGAGCCAUUUCAUGCCAGCCAGUACUUGUUGUCCAUCAACGCCACGGCCAACUCAACGAUGCCGCCCAUCAUAAACGCCCUCGAGCUAUUCUCCAUCAUUCCAACCACCACCUACGGCACCAACUCACAGGACGUGUCUGCCAUCAUGACCAUCAAGGAGAGGUACCAGGUGCAGAAGAAUUGGAUGGGUGACCCAUGCGUUCCCGAUACUAUGGUCUGGGAUGGACUAACAUGCAUCUAUGCCAGUUCCAAGCCCCCAAUUAUCUCAAACGUAAAUGUCUCCUUCAGUGGUCUGAAUUAUACUAUAUCACCUGAGUUUGCAAAUCUCACGGAUGUCCGAUACUUGGAUCUGUCAAACAACAACUUGAUAGGUUCAAUUCCAGACACCCUUUCACGAUUACCGUCAUUAAUAUUUUUAGAUCUCUCAAACAACAAGCUCAGUGGAUCAAUUCCCUUUGGACUUCUAAAAAAAGUUCAAGAUGGCUCCUUGGAUCUAAGGUAUGGCAACAAUCCUGACCUCUGUUCUAAUGGGAAUACAUGCCGGCCUACUAAAGGAGAUAACAAACUAGCUAUCCACAUAGUAGUUCCGGUAGUUGUUAUUGUGGCAUUAGUGUUAGUGGCAAUACUAUGCUUUUGGUUACAAAGAAAAAGAAAGCAAGGAUCAAUCAGAAACCCUGUGAAGGUGACGAAUGACGGCGACUGGAUUAUUUCACUUCCACUUGAGAACCGUCAGUUCACAUACAUGGAACUGGAGGUGAUUACGAACAACUUCCAACGACCGCUUGGAAGAGGAGGGUUUGGGUACGUCUUUCACGGCUCCCUGGAGAAGGGUACUGAGGUGGCAGUAAAGUUAAGGUCUCAUUCUUCAAAUCAGGGCAUCAAAGAGUUCCUUGCAGAGGCUCAUGUUUUAGCCCUUAUUCAUCACAAGAAUCUUGUGUCCAUGAUUGGUUACUGCAACAAUGGGGGGCACAUGGCACUUGUCUAUGAGUACAUGCCUCAAGGAUCCCUAAAAGAGCAUAUUGCAGGAGAAGAUGGCAACAUGCGAUGCUUACCCUGGAGACGAAGACUUCGAUUAGCACUUGAAACGGCACAAGGACUGGAGUACCUUCACAAGGGAUGUAGCCCACCUAUAAUUCACAGGGAUGUGAAAACCACCAACAUCUUGUUAAACGCAAGGCUGGAGGCCAAGAUUGCCGAUUUUGGCUUGUCCAAGGCUUUCAACUGCGAGGAUGACACCCACGUAUCAACUAACACAUUUGCAGGCACACUUGGAUAUGCAGCUCCAGAGUACCAAAGAACAAUGCAGCCGUCGACCAAGAGUGACGUGUACAGCUUUGGUGUUGUGCUGCUAGAGCUCGUCACUGGGAAGCCAGCCAUCCUACGCAAUCCCGAGUCCAUCCCCCUCAUCAACUGGGCACGGCAGCGGCUUGCAUGGGGCGACAUUGAGGGUGUGGUGGAUACACGUAUGCAAGGUGAUCAUGACAUCAAUGCCGUUUGGAAGACUACGGAGAUUGCACUCAAGUGCACUGCGCAAUCGCCCCUGCAACGGCCCUCCAUGACUGAUGUCGUGAUGCAGCUACAGGAGUGCCUCGACCUCGAGGAAGGCUUCGAACGAGGUGACAGUGGAUUCUACACCGAUAGUAGCAAUGGUGGAAUGAACCCAAACAUAGGUUACAACACUACCACAAACCAAUCCAUUGAUGUGAGCCACAAUAACGCUACUUUGAGAUAA